UAAUAAGGGAAAUCGGAAGGUAAAAUGUGAGGCAGAAAGCUGUAAAAAAUUCCCACGCUAAGAUAACUGUUAAACAAACUCUCAAUUACACGAAGCAGAAAACAACUUCUUCUAUUCGAUCCAGAUUUGCAUUAAAAUAAGGAGCAACAACAAAAAAAGGAAUUUCUUACAUACGAAAUUUCGCUGAAACAAAAACCCUAGAUUUCUGCUCAGAUCUUACGAAGGAAGUGCAGGUCCGGUUAAUUUCAUUUUUAAGUGGGAGUGUGUCAAUAGGAGUGAAUUAGAUUGAUUUUAAGGCUGCUUUGAAGGCUUUCUCUUGGUUUAUUGGAACUAUAAAUUUUGGAGUUCCGCGUAUUUCAGAGUGGGUUGAAUCUGCUAUAUUUACUUUUGUCUUGGAGGUCUUUGUAUAGUUUGCCGGCGUACUUGUUUGGAAUUUGAAGUCGUGGAAAGAUCUGCAGUGGUUUUGAAUGAGAGGAUAUUUUGAGGGAGGGAGAUGAAAGAGAAACCUGUACUUUCUGGGGGACAAUGACUGGAGGGUCAUUGGGUCUACGUACAGCGAGCUAUGGAUCAUUGCAGCAACAGCUGCAGAAUGGUGCUUUCUUGCCAAUUCAUGCAACGCCGCUUAUCGUGCGCAAGAACUCGAAGACGCUCCUGUCUAGUUAUAGAGAGAAGGAAAGGUUUCUAUCUCGGAUCUGCAAGUUCGCCAGUCGUAGGAGAAUUGGAAUGCUGUUAGUUGUUGUUGUAUCUGUUCUGGUUUUCAUGUCUGUUUUAUCUACAAUGUGCAAAGAUGACGAUGCAACUACUGAUUCUGAGUCUCAGCAUAUGUCUUCAAUACCUGUACAAAACAUUAUUCCAGAGCGUAUUCUGAUUAAUGGAGAACCGAGUCAUAAUAAGAUUGAUAAAAAUCGAGAUAAGGAGAAUUAUUAUGUUUCACCAAAUAAUGUUUCAAUUAGUGGAGAAAAUAAACUUCCUCUUCCAGUACUAAGGACAAAAUUUCCUGUAGAGCAUCCAUGUGAUAAAUUUGUACUCCCAUCUCCUCCUCCAAGAGACAGGAAACGGACUGGUCCACGGCCAUGCCCAGUGUGUUACCUCCCUGUUGAUCAGGCAAUAGCUCGUAUGCCAGUCGCUCCCUCAGAAUCUCCUGUACUGAGGAAUUUAACUUAUGUGUACGAGGAAAGUCCGGUUAGAACUGAGCCAUUUGGAGGGUCUGAUUUUGGUGGGUAUCCAUCUUUAAUGCAAAGGAAUGAUUCAUUUGAUAUACAAGAGUCGAUGAACGUGCACUGUGGGUUUGUUAAUGGAAGUAAACCGGGUCGUCAAACUGGAUUUGACCUCCAGGAUGCUGAUCUUAUUGAGAUGGAGCAGUGCUACGGGGUCGUUGUUGCAUCUGCCAUAUUUGGAAACUAUGAUAUAAUACAGCAGCCAAAAAAUAUUAGUGAAGCUGCAAAGAAAAGUGUUUGCUUCUAUAUGUUUGUGGAUGAAGAGACAGAAGCAAGUAUAAGAAAUACCACUACCCUUGGUGAUGGAAUGAAGGUUGGGUUAUGGAGACUUAUUCUUGUCCGUAACCUGCCUUAUGCUGAUGCGAGGCGCAAUGGAAAGGUUCCAAAGCUUUUGCUGCACAGGAUUUUCCCCAAUUCCAGGUUCUCCUUAUGGGUGGAUGGAAAGCUUGAACUUGUCGUAGAUCCUUACCAGAUUCUUGAGAGAUUCUUGUGGAGGAAGAAUGCCACUUUUGCCAUCUCCCGGCACUAUAAACGUUUUGAUGUGAUUGAGGAAGCAGAGGCUAAUAAAGCUGCUGGGAAGUACGAAAAUGCUUCCAUUGAUUUUCAGAUUGAUUUUUACAAGGGAGAAGGUUUGACUCCUUAUACUGAAGCCAAGCUUCCAAUCACCAGCGAUGUUCCUGAAGGAUGUGUUAUCAUUAGAGAGCACAUUCCAGUUACCAACCUCUUUACGUGUCUCUGGUUCAACGAAGUGGACCGUUUUACUUCCAGAGAUCAGCUCAGCUUUUCCACAGUAAGGGACAAGAUAAUGUCUAAAGUUAAUUGGGGGAUUGACAUGUUUUUAGACUGUGAAAGGCGCAACUUUGUGGUUCAGACUUAUCAUAGAGAUGUGUUGGAACACAUGCCUCCUCCAAUUGUAGCGGUUAAAAGGCCAUCAGUUUCGACGAAUGAACCUCGAGGAAAAUCUUCCCAUGUCACUAUUGCAGAUAGGUUUGUAAAAUCUCCAACAAAAAGAAACCCACCUAAGCGUGGUAGAGAAAGACGAUCAGGUUCAAGGCGCCAUCGAAAAGUUUCUGUUGGCAGUAGAGAUAACAAUUCAAUUUAAAUAUAUUUACUAAUUCUUUUUCCACUUUGAAGUAUUUCAAUACUAUUCAUUACAGGAAGGGACACGAUUAAGCUGAUUAGCAAAGUAGAUCCGCUCUUAAAAAAAGAGAAGAACUUUUCUGAUUUUUGUCUGGAAUUGUUGAUAUACAUCUACUAUAUUCUUUCGUUUCGGUUGUAAAUAUUUCAGUUCCAAAUAACGUAUCAAAUAAUUUUCUCUCCAUUUUGGUAACAUUGUCUGCUAGGAGAUGAAAGUUGUUUCUGUAUCUCGUUCGGGUAUUCAGGUUAUGAAUGCAGGCCUUAUAUAUACCUUAAA